AUGGAGGAUUGGCAAAUCCUCAUUCCCAAGCUUGCCUUCGAGCAUGAAUUUCUAUUGCAUGGCAUCUUUUCACUCGCCGCGCUCCACAUGGUAACCACCACCACAGACCCAGAACAAGUUCUAUCUUACCUAGACACCGCACUGGAGUGCAGUGAACUUGCAUUUGCCCCUUUUAGGGGAGCCUUGGCCCACUUGGCUCCCCUCAACUGCGACGCUGUCUUUGCCCAAUCCGCGAUCGUUACUAUCAUUGGCAUAGCACUCCCUCGGCUGAACGCUCAGCAUCGCGGGGAACCCUUCAGCAUGAUCGAAACUAUGAUUACGGUUUUUGAGCUUCUCCAAGGGGCAAGUAAGAUCUCACAAAUUAGCAAACCAUGGCGACAGGCAAGCAUCUUUUUCAAAUACGAGUGGAGGGGUAAUCCUAUGCUAGAUCCUGAAAUGGCUAAUGCUAUCGCGCAAUUGCGAGCGCUGAAUGGCUCAAUCGAAAACACAGACUCGGUUCAACAUAUCAUGAACGAAGAAGCUAUCGACUCCUUAGAAGACUCCUUUGCCAAAUUCACUCAUGCGCCGCACCCUGCACCUAUCUUGGCUUGGAUCGCCUAUGUCAAGAGGGAAUUUGUGGAUGGGCUGCGCGCACGUCAGCCACUCCAGUUGUUGAUCCUCAUGAAUUGGGCAGUUCUAUUAAAUGAAUUAGGGGCUCAUUUCUGGUGGGCUAAGGGCUGCAGUGAGGAACUAGUCGCUGAGUUAUUAAGUGAGCUGAAGGACCAGAAUGAGAAGUGGAAAUUGGCAUUGCAGUGGCCGCAGCAAAAGGUCGGAAUAUGA